AUGGUUCAACCAUUAACCAUUAAAAGCCCAGCGGACAGUAGCAAUUUCAGUGAGCUGGUUGAAAUGAAAGAAAAUGAAAAAAUACAAAACAGACAGAAGUCACGUAGGAAAUCAGUAGUGGUGCAUUCCAUAUCGUUGAUCGUGUUGCAUGUGCUGGAUACGCUUCUUCUGAUAGUUCUUUUACCAUUUAUGAUCUGGCAAUGGGUAUCUGCUAGCAGUCGUUUCAAACUCGUUCUGAAAGCCGUUAUAGAAGUCACAUUAGAGCUGCUCAUGUGGGUAAUCUUCGCCGGAGUGUCCAUUCUAAUGACCACUGCGUUCGUCCUGGACGACGCGUAUUUUCGAAAUAACGACCAGGAGAAAUUGACGCAAUUAAUAAAAACGCAAAACGUAUCUACCUCUAGUCAGGAUAACGGCGCACGAAUUUUAGAAACGUAGUCCUUUGA